CCUUCAGUGAUGUCGAUGCAGUCCGUAUAAUAGCGGAGAGGGACGCGCAGGGAGUCUAGGAGGAGCUGCGGCAAGGUCGAGACCAGCAUCCUGCUCCGAACCCAGACCUACCAACACACUAGAGACCUGAGACCAGAGAGCUGAGACCCGGUGUUCAGGGGAGCCGGAUUAAGUACACCGGGGGGAUUUUGGAUUUACUGUAGCGGAAGAGGAGAGAGAGUGAAAGUUUGUCGCCUCAUGUUCAGAGGAAGCUAGCGGCGUUACCCUCCGCGUCUCCCCGCGUCCCGAGCCUCUCUGCCGGCGGUAAGAAGGAAGCAGGGUGCGGGACACUUCCUCCCGUUAGUUCCUGGGCCGUACCGGGGCUCCAUCACACUCGGCUUCACCUUGUUUUUGUGCCAUGUCAGCCACUUCUCCCGCUUCUCCCGCCCCGGCAGCGGCAGACAGCGCCGCGGCUGAGACCGACUUUCUAGCCCCGGAUGCGGGUCUGAGGCCGGCGGGUCCGACCCCCAGCCAGAGCCGCUUCCAGGUGGACCUGGUCGCGGAGGCAGCGGGCGCAGCCGAGGACAAGUCCCCGAGCUCCGACGCCUCCACCACAGCCCCAUCCAGCGAGAAGGCCACUCCCGGCGCCCCGGCAGAUGUUCCGGAUCCAGGGGCCGGAGGAGGGGAGGAAGCUAAAGGCCGGUUUCGGGUGGUGAACUUCGCGGAUCCGAGCGGGUCGGGGAGCGCGGCCUCUCCGGACUCAGCGCCGGCGGAGGGGCUUCAGAAUGGGGACACAGUGAUGAGCGAGACCAGCCUGCACUCCUCCACAGGCGGCCAGCAUCACUACCACUACGACACCCACACCAACACCUACUACCUGAGGACUUUCGGACACAACACCAUCGACGCCGUGCCCAACAUCGACUUCUACCGGCAGACUGCGGCUCCUCUUGGGGAGAAGCUCAUAAGACCGACCCUGUCCGAGCUGCACGACGAGCUGGACAAGGAGCCGUUCGAGGAUGGCUUUGCAAACGGUGACGAGCUGACGCCGGCUGAAGAGGCUGCAGCUAAAGAAACAGCCGACUCCAAAGGAGUGGUCAAGUUCGGAUGGAUUAAAGGAGUCCUGGUCCGCUGCAUGUUGAACAUCUGGGGUGUGAUGCUCUUCAUCCGCAUGUCGUGGAUCGUGGGUCAGGCUGGGAUCGCUCUCUCCUGUUUGAUUGUCGCCAUGGCUACCGUAGUGACAACAAUCACUGGCCUCUCCACGUCCGCCAUUGCCACCAACGGAUUCGUACGAGGAGGUGGAGCGUACUACCUGAUCUCCAGGAGUCUGGGUCCAGAGUUCGGAGGCUCCAUCGGUCUGAUCUUUGCCUUCGCCAACGCCGUGGCUGUAGCCAUGUACGUGGUCGGCUUUGCUGAGACUGUGGUGGAGCUCCUCGCUAGUGUAGACGCCCUCAUGACGGAUGAAAUCAACGACAUCAGAAUCAUCGGCACCAUCACCGUGAUCCUGCUCCUGGGCAUCUCAGUGGCAGGGAUGGAGUGGGAGGCAAAGGCCCAGAUCUUCCUGCUGAUCGUCCUCAUCACAGCCAUCAUCAACUACUUCAUCGGCAGCUUCAUCCCUCUCAAGGCCAAGGAGCCGUACGGCUACUUUGGUUACGACAGCUCCAUCAUGUGGGAAAACAUGGGUCCAAACUUCAGAAAAGAAACCUUCUUCUCCGUCUUCUCCAUCUUCUUCCCUGCAGCCACCGGUAUCCUGGCUGGAGCCAACAUUUCAGGAGACCUGGCAGACCCUCAGCUGGCCAUCCCCAGAGGAACCCUUCUGGCCAUCCUGAUCACAGGGAUCGUCUACCUGGGAGUAGCUGUCUCAACAGGCUCGUGCAUCGUGAGGGAUGCCAGUGGAAGUCUCAACGACACGCUCAGCUCUCAGUUCAUGAACUGCACUGACGCUGCCUGCAAGUUCGGCUACGACUUCUCCGCCUGUAAGAGCACCGGACAGUGCGAAUACGGACUCCACAAUAACUUCCAGGUGAUGAGUGUGGUUUCUGGAUUCGGUCCCAUCAUCACGGCUGGAAUCUUCUCGGCCACGCUGUCCUCCGCUCUGGCCUCAUUAGUCAGUGCGCCCAAAGUGUUCCAGGCUCUGUGUAAGGACAACAUCUACCCCGGCCUGGCCAUGUUCGCUAAAGGAUACGGCAAGAACAACGAGCCGCUGCGAGGAUACAUCCUGACCUUCGGCAUUGCGCUGGCCUUCAUCCUCAUCGCCCAGCUGAACAUCAUCGCCCCGAUCAUCUCCAACUUCUUCCUGGCGUCCUAUGCUCUGAUCAACUUCUCCGUGUUCCACGCCUCUCUGGCCAACUCCCCAGGUUGGCGUCCGAGCUUUAAAUACUACAACAUGUGGGUCUCUCUGGCCGGAGCCAUCCUGUGCUGCGUGGUGAUGUUCGUCAUUAACUGGUGGGCCGCUCUGCUCACCAACGUCAUCGUCCUGGGUCUGUUCAUCUACGUCAGCUACAAGAAGCCAGAUGUGAACUGGGGCUCGUCCACCCAGGCUCUGACCUACCACCAGGCCCUGACCCACACUUUGCACCUCAGCGGAGUGGAGGACCACAUCAAGAACUUCAGACCUCAGUGUUUGGUGAUGACGGGUUACCCUAACUCUCGCCCGGCUCUCCUGGAUCUGUGCCACAGCUUCACCAAGAACGUGGGCCUGAUGAUCUGCGGUCACGUUCGGACGGGCUACAGGAGGCCAAACUUCAAAGAGCUGGCCACGGAUCAGGCCCGGUAUCAGCGCUGGCUGAUGAAGAACGAGACCAAGGCCUUCUACACGCCGGUGUUUGCCGAGGACAUGAGGCAGGGGGCGCAGUACCUGCUGCAGGCUGCCGGUCUGGGCCGUCUGAAGCCGAACACUUUGGUCCUCGGCUUCAAGAACGACUGGAGGGAUGGAGACAUGAUGAACGUGGAGACCUACAUCAGCAUGAUCCACGAUGCCUUCGACUACCAGUUUGGUGCCGUCGUCCUGAGACUUAAGGAGGGACUAGAUGUGUCUCAUAUCCAGGGACAAGACGAGCUGCUGUCCUCUCAGGAGAAGUCCUCGGGGAUGAAGGAUGUGAUCGUGUCCAUAGACACCAGCAAAGACUCUGACGCUGAUUCAUCCAAACCCUCCUCGAAGGCCACCAGCCUGCAGAACAGCCCAGCUAUUCAGAAAGAUGACGACGAUGACGGCAAAGCUACCACUCAGCCCCUGUUGAAAAAAGACAAGAAGAGCCCGACCGUCCCCCUGAACGUGUCUGAUCAGAGGCUGAUGGAGGCCAGCCAGCAGUUCCAGAAGAAGCAGGGGAAGGGCACGGUGGACGUCUGGUGGCUGUUUGAUGAUGGAGGUCUGACCCUGCUGAUCCCGUACCUGCUGACCAACAAGAAGAGGUGGAAGGACUGCAAGAUCCGUGUCUUCAUCGGAGGAAAGAUCAACAGGAUUGAUCAUGACCGUAGAGCGAUGGCCACCCUGCUGAGCAAGUUCAGGAUAGACUUCUCAGACAUCACCGUGCUGGGAGACAUCAACACCAAGCCCAAGAAGGAGCAUGUGGCGGCCUUUGAGGAGUUGAUUGAGCCGUAUCGGCUGAAGGAGGACGACAUGGAGCAGGAGGCAGCCGAGAGCCUGAAGAACAGCGAGCCCUGGAGGAUCACCGACAACGAGCUGGAGCUGUACCGCGCCAAGACGAACCGUCAGAUCAGACUCAACGAGCUGCUGAAGGAACACUCGAGCACCGCCAACCUCAUCGUCAUGAGUCUGCCGUUGGCGAGGAAGGGCGCCGUGUCCAGCACUCUGUACAUGGCCUGGUUGGAGGCUCUGUCCAAAGACCUUCCCCCCGUCAUCCUGGUCCGUGGAAACCACCAGAGCGUCCUGACCUUCUACUCUUAAACACUCAGACACACACACAACCACACACACACACAAAUACACACACACACACACACAUACGCACACACGCACACAGGGAGGAGAACAUCCAAGUUUUUAAGUCUCACAUCACCUCUGCCUCUGGGAGCAGACGCACACACACACACACCUCCCAGUCCAAACCUGACAGUGACCACACACACUCCAGAGACGGUAACACACACGCACUGACGGGAUCAACGCCGGGAGUAAAGAUGGAGGAGCCCUACGAGUGAUGGAGGAGCGUGGAGGUGGGGGUGGGGGGUGGACGUGCCCGCUCUGCUCCUUUCUUUCUAUUUAUUCCACCGUGUCGUCUUUCUGCUUGUAGCUCUAGUUUGGUCUCAUUUCCUCGUCUGUGUUUGCUCAGAGUUGAUUUCUCUCAGGCUCAGCGUUCACGUAGUUCAAGUGGUUCUCGUGGAUCUCGUGGUUCACGUCGCCCACGUGGAUCUCGUGGUUCCCAUCGUACGUAGAACCUUGAUGUCAUGCGUGUGGAUUAAUCGGACCAGCCGUCGUGUUUGUGAUGCAGCAAUAAUCAGCCGUCGUUUUUCCUUCGUGUUGGGAGAGAACCGCGCAGAACGCUUUGCAACACCUUCUAAAGCCUUCCGGAUGUGCCUUCAGACGAUCAGAUUAUAGUCCAGAUUGAGGAUGUUUGGAUGACGCUGGUGGAGAGUAGUUUUAGUAAGUUUUAAAUGUGAUUCUUCUUCGUAGUCGGAGCGUUGUGUUUAUGCGAGUGGAUUGCAUAAAUUGAAUGAAGGGUGUCCACUUGAUUGCAUUUCUCUUUCUCUCUUUUAUCCUAAUCAACCUUUUAUUUUAGUCACUUUUGAGUCUUCCUAUUUAAGCUGUUGAGUAUUAGCCGUCAUGCUCACUGAGAUGUUUUUGUGUAAAGACAUGAAGCUGGUUUUUGAGGAUCUUUGUGUUUUUGUGUUUCCUGAAGAAAGAGAAACUGCUCCACACAACAAGCUAGUUAACUUUGCCUUAAUACUAACGAUUGUCACCACUUCUUUUUCUCUUAUAAGCCAUACUGGCUGGAUGGUCUGUGGGUCAGAGAGCGAUCCGUUAGUUUCCUCUGUGCUGUCACUGCAUCUUGAUUUUACCCAUCAUCCCUUGCAUGAGCCUGCCCAGCACCGACUGUAGUUCCAGAGGAACAUGUUCCACGUUAGCGCCUCAGUCGGCGUUGUAGCUUCUGGCUGUUUGACGGAGCGCUGGUCUCGUACCCACGAUGCAGAGCUGUGUAGAGCGACCCGCGGCGUGCAGAGCGACCCGCGGUGUGCAGACAGACUUGCUGGCAGGAAGAAUGUGACAUGAGAAUGUGUGGGGCUGAGUGAAGAUAUACCUCUAUGCAUAUGAGCUUGUAACGUACUUGUAAUAAAGUCCAUCGCUCCUUCAUGUCAAAGGACGACUCGCCUCCGUUCAUUGAGGAGCUCUUUCAGGCGCGGCGCUUUUCUGCACACUAAUUAUUCCCUUCGAGGACGCCAUGGCUGAAGGUCACGAUGCUGCAACAGAAGCCAUGUGUGGAUUUAACACUAAUGUUUUUAAAUGUUUCCCCUGAAGUCACAGAGCGGCCGACUCGGCCACAGGGUGGCGCUCUGUGAGAUUACCAAAAAGGUCAUUGUCUCAAAUGAGACAGUUUUAGCUGUUACAAAGCACAACUGGCGAAGUUACGUUCAUUUAGAGGUCAGGAGAUUUGUGAGGAAGUAGAUUCACACGGAGAUGCCCGAGCUACGGCGAGGUCUCUCCACACGAGGUCAGAUCUUUAAAUUCAGGACUACACAUAGACAGAAGUGUGUAGAGAAAUACAGAAUGUCGGCUAAAUUAAAAAAGAUAAGACCGUCUGUAAAGUCCAAAAACUGGCUUUAUUGAUCGGCUUUAAUAUAGCCUAAAUCAGUGUUUUAUCUGAGAGCAUUACUCACACAAACACUAAAGAAUAAUCAGGAUAACGUCCUGCUGUGAAGAUAACCACACAGCUCUAAAGACUGAAAAUAAGAAGUAAACGCACCCGCAGUGAAGCCUGAAGUUUAACUUCUCUGCCUCCAUCUUUAUCUUCAACCAUGAGUCCAGCAGAGGAGCGAGAGAGGAGCCUGCUUCAUUCAGCUGCUGCAGGCUCUGACUCCUCCCCAUCUCUGAUUCCUCCCCCUCUCUGACUCCGCCCCCUCGUCCUGCCACUUGAUUCUAAACGGGACCAUCAUUCUUUAAAUGAACAUCAUGCUGUGUUGAAGAAGAAACUUCAGAUUAAGACCAUAAACUCAUUAGGACCAUAAAGUCAGACGUGGUUGAGCUCCCUCUGCUGGUCGAUGGAGAGAAUGCAGGUUUAUUUUGGCUUCACUUUUCCCCCCCUGAUGCUGCGUUCACUUCUCGUGUUCAAUCUUUGGAAAUAUAACAAACUUAAACCCAGACAAAGUCCUGAAUCAGAAGGUCUUUAUGGAUCCAGAUUACAAACUGCCACAGACGGAUGAAAACAGGGUUCUCUUUUUUUGUUCAGUUUUUUUUUUUCACUUUUUCACAGAAACAAGCAGGUUUAGCGUUUAGCAUUUAGCAUUCGUGUUCUCUGUCCUUUUACUGUAUGCAAUUUGAAAAGAGGAAUGUGACACGAUCCUUAGGUUAGAUGAAUGUACUGUAUAAUAAUAAUAAUAUGACCCUUAUAAUAAACACCGCCGCUAGGAGUUAGCUUACAUCGUCUGUUUUUGUUUCCUGCAGUUAGCAUACUGUCGUAGUGCUGUUUGCAUUUUUACUGCUGCAUCCAUCACUCUGCUUCACCUGCGCAGUGUGUGGGCUGUGCAGAGUGUGUGUGUGUGUGUGUGCUGUGGGGAGAGCUUGUUCUGAGUGUAUAUAUGCCUACGCAGUAACUGUAUACACACUCAUGCUCAUCAGUGUAUUUAAUAUAGCCUCAGUACUUUCAUACUAUGUGUACAGCAUGCACUGAGUGAGGAUCUUUUUCAAAUGUUAAGGGGCAGAGACCGUCUCCGGGGGGGAUGGAGUGCACCAUGGCGCCCCCUAUAGGCCUUUGUUGGACGUCUAGAUCAAAUCAGAGUAAUGCUUUUAUUUAAUACCAUCAGAAAAGUAAUUUAUUUCCAGAAACAGAGCUCCAAAUUUACAGCUGAAGAAACAAAUUUUGCUUUCAUUGGUUAAAAAUCAAAUUCUUGCAUGUGAGCUUUUAAUAAAGAAAGGCUUUAAUGUACCAACACUGACGUAUAUUGAUGUUAUAGGCUUUCAUGAUAGAUUAAGAGAAGUGUUGAGAUUCUGCAAAGUUUGCAUCAGAACAGUCAAACCGAACCUUGUUUAUAAAACAAACAUUUAAAGAGUUAUUUGACGCACAAGUCUGGCUUUUUAAAAACCUGCACCAUGGUGUCGUUAUUUCAGCAUCCUUACAGCCUGUUUAUUGUCAUUAAAUCACAGUUAAAUGUGUUUAUUUUGGCUUCAUAGUGCUGUAGUCAGAUUUCAGCCGAUACAGUGAAGCUGAGACUCAGUAGAGACAGACAGGAGCUCCCUGAUCCAAGCUAACAGGUCAUCAAACUGGACUCUGGCCAGCUGAGAGUCCAUGAUGGUGUGUGCAGAAAAAUAAUCUUAAGAUGAUCUUUUAGUCAAAUUAACAAAAUGCAGAAAAUUAUUUCAUUUUUAAAGAAGUUUAAAAACAUGCCUGCAAUACCACGUAUCACCACAGGGGGCACCAAAGACGCCUGAACCAUAAAUAUGAGAUUAUUAGUGAAGUACAUUGAUUUAAAGGUACGCAGUGACAAUCCUUUAAAGAAUUUAUUUGUGACUUAAAUUCAGGAUGAACUAACAGGAAGGCCGGGCUGAGAUUUGUCACCAGGGGGCACUGUCGAGCACUCCAUCAUAACCACAGAGUGCGUCUUUAACCUGUUCAUGUUCUGCUGUGAAGCGUCACUCUCCCCUCUGUUACACAAUUCCACAGGAACACGGGUUACUCUAUAUUUGUACAUUAAAGACUAUAUAAAUCUAUAUGAACUUGCCUCUAUAUACACGUAUAUAAACUGUAUCAGCGGGACAGGUUCAGGUUCAGACCUGGACCUGGAGGGAUCUUUGAUACGUCAACAUUUUACAACCAAAUAAUAAUGUGUUUGUGUCGUCGUCAUCGUCUUCACGGUUAGAUCUCUGUGUCCUACUGAAGAAACCAAAACACACCUGUACCUGUCCUCGUGUGCUCACCUGACCCUACUGGUUAACUGUACCUGUUAUUUUGCCAAAGCCCCUCCUCUUCCUCCUCCUCUCUGUGAUGAAGGACGCUGUGUACAAAGUUAUCCUGCUCUUUAUAUCUCAUGGUGGUCGAGCUCUUCUUCUUCACUGCGAACAUGAACUAACCUGUAAAUAACUCGGUAGUCUAACGGCGUAAAUUAAGGGAGCAGAAUCAUUCAUUUCAACGCGGAGAAAGAUAUUUAUUUUAGCGUAGCGUUUCUCCACCUCUUCUUCGUCUUUCUGGGUUUGGGUUGUAAGUUAAUUUGCAUGUUGAUUUCUUGUGUUGCCUUUGAUUUAGCAGACUGUCAUUCUCUCGGUGUUUUCUAUCUUUUGAUGCCUUUUGGAGAGACGUCUGGAGGACAGCAGCAGAUCAGACCUGUUUUCUCUCUCACACACUCGUGGAUGGAAUCGAGCGCGCUGGUAGAAGCAGGAAUGUUUUGAUACACUGUACUGUUAACAGUCACAGAUAUGCUUUUUCUAACAUUUUAACAUUUAUGAUUACCAAUACUUUGUACAUCUUUAUUGCAAUAAAUAAAUCAAAUGAAAUCUGA